AAGAAUUAUCAUUUCAUUGCUCCGUCUAAAAAAUUGACAUACUGAAUUUAAAUUUGAUGCCCAAUUUAACAAAAUUAGGGUUACAAAUUCUAAAUUAUGUCAGCAGAGAAUCUCUCUCUAAACGGUCUGAACACUCAAAUUGUAUUCUCAGACGAUCCUUUACGUUUCAAUGGCGGGCCUCCAACUCGCCGGGUCGGAGUCGGCGACGAUCCGGUUCCUAAAACCACAACCCGAGAGCUUGCCGGAUUCAUCGACGAGAAGCUGUUCUCUUCUUCCUCCAACUCGGCUGCUGCUGCCGUCACAAGCGACCGUUUUUUCUCCACCGGUCAUGAUUUCCCGCGCAAUAUGUACCGGGAAAAUCGGAGCUGGAAUGGGGACGGGAACGGACACGGAACUAGCGGUGAUAGUGAGGAUGAUGAAGAUGAUGACAUGGAUGAAGAUGAUGAUGAGGUGGAGGGUGGUGGUGAUAUUGGUAACAGUAACGGUAAUAAAAGUAAUAACAAUAACACUGCCACUAAUAAUACUGCUACUACUAGUACUAGCAAUGCUUCUGCUGGUGAGAAUGCUGAUAAGAUUAUCGGAAACGGAAACGGAAAGCCAAACCAACAUUCUUCUUUCGGGGAAGUGACGGUGGUGAAAGAUGGAAGUGGAAUUGGAGGGCAUCCUGGGAAUAAUAGAAAUAAUAUCGGGGUGACGGUAGCUGAACGAGAUGGGGAGCUUUAUUAUCCACAGUAUUUGCAAUCAAAUGAAGGGUCUGGCGGGAAAGAUAUGGGUUUUGUAGAGAAUGGUUGUGGUUUUAGUGGAAGAAAAGAAGGUCCCUCCUUUUCAUGUGAGUCUGGUGAUUCUUUGAGAGCCAUUCUAUCUGACCCUCUCACGGGAACUCUAAUGGAUGAUGCUAUGAUAUUGCCAUGCGGACAUUCUUUUGGUGCUGGUGGAAUCCAACACGUUAUGAGAAUGAAAGUUUGUUACGCUUGUUCACAAUCAGUAACCGAAGACUUAAUCGCUCCUAAUCUUUCUCUCAGAGCUGCAGUGCAGGCAUUCCGCCGUGAAGAGGAGUUACAAUUUUAUCGCUCAUCCAAAAGAAAGAGAGAGAAGUUUGACCAGGGUGGGUUUGGCGAUUCAACUGCAAUCGAUACCCCAAGGGGUCGAGGUGUUCAGUUCCCGUUUGCUGUGACAGAUCGUGUUAUUAUAAAGGGAAACAAGAGGACACCUCAGCGCUUUGUGGGACGUGAGGCUGUUGUCACAACACAGUGUUUAAAUGGAUGGUAUGUGGUGAAGACACUGGAUAAUGCAGAGAGUGUCAAGUUGCAGUAUCGUUCACUGGCCAAAUUUGCAGAAGAUGACCCUUCCACGAAAGCUAUGGCCAGUAAGAUGCCCCCAAACUGGCUCUAGUCGUUGCGCACAAAAUGCAACAGCAGUAAUGCCACGAUUGACACUUAAUCUAACUUGUAUGUUAUAGGCUUCUUGCUGGUAUCCCUUACAGGCACAUAGGGUCAUAUUUAGGCUGUGUAAAUUAUAGAGGCCCUGCUACAGUGUAAUCAAAGAGAAUCCGAAAUGUGAUUCCAGAUAUGAACAAUAUGCUCAUUUUUGGUUAAUAUAUCACUGCAUCUGUGCAAUGUUCUUAGCAUUGCUUAUUGCAA